AAGGAAAACUAAGAAAAUUGUAAAAUGCAUCACGAAUUAGUAGAUAAUUUGGACGUCGAAAUUCCAACUGCCGUAUCAACAACGGUAGCUAAGAAAGAGCACAUUUUGGAAAAACUCAAUAAGCGUAAUAAAAAUAGACAAAAUUAUUUGGAUGUUAAAUUAGAACAACGUCAUAAAGACAACUUACAAUUAGAGGGUACUGAUUAUUUUUCACAGGCAUUUGCAGAAAAAGUGCGAGAUAUAGAAACACGUAUUAGGAAUGUAAAUGAGGCCGGUAAGAAAAAGUCCGGUGGAGAUGGCCCAAGCCUAGAUUUGGGACGUCAUUUUGCCGACAUUACUCUAGAAAUUCAGGAAUUGCAAAGAUAUCUUACUACCUCCACUAUGUUCUUAAGUGAUUUCAAAAUUAAAGCUUGUCAAAGCAUUGUCAAUGAGCUGACCACAAGGUCUGAAGAUACUCGAGCACGCCUUUCGCCUAAGAAAAAAUUUGGUUUUAGUGGCCGUAAAGUAGCACCCAAGACAACACUCAAUCCAAAAUUAUCCGCUACCACAGAUAAAGUCGACUCCUCGGAGGCUAGAUUGCAUAUGGCAACAAACAACGUAAUAAACUGGACAAUAGCCAAUCGUAGCAAUGAGUACAUUUGCUUACAAAGUGAUAAAAUAAAUGGCAAGGACAUAACAAUAACCAAUCUAGAAAAUUGUUUUGUAGAACUACAGGGCCAUGCAGGCUCGCUUCAGAUCUCUCAUGCUGCAAAUUGUAUCUUUCUAAGUGGUCCCAUUGCCCGUUCCUUAUUCGCCGAGCAUUGUAUUGAGUGCACUUUAUGCGUCGGAUGUCAACAACUGAGACUUCAUUCGUCAAUGAAAUGCCGCGUAUACCUGCACGUCACAAGCCGUGCUAUUAUAGAAGAUUGCCGUGAAAUUGAGAUGGCUCCGUAUAAUAAUGAUUACGUGGGCAUAGAAGAGGAUUUCCAGGCGGCUGGUUUAAGCAAAGAACAAAAUAAUUAUGCCGAUGUAGCCGAUUUUAAUUGGCUUUCAUCUGAGAUAUCUUCCCCCAACUGGCGUUUGCUAAAAGGCGAUUUUAUUUCAAUUAAUUGGGAAGAAAUGAGAACACAAUUUCGACAGCAGUAUUUGGAUAAUGCAGCGUUAUAGUCUUCAUCUAAGCCGAUAGAAUGUUCGUGGGUUUAUUACGUAGCCGUCACUGUAAGCGUAAUAUUUAUAAAUAUUCUCUUUCGUCAACAUAUUUUCAAAGCGCUUAAAAUGAUUUGGUUGGAAAUUGGAUUAAUCCUAACAAAAUACUUGGAAAAGACAAGUUACAAUUAGCCUUACGAAAUUCCCAAU